UUUACUCCUUUUUUUUUUUUUUUUUUUGGUCUGUCAGUCCCCAGUCCUCCUCCCACUCAGACACUUACACUCGCUUGCCCCAACUUUUACUACCUACUCUCCCAGUCCUCCUUUUUCCCUUCCUUCCCUCUUUCUUUCUUUCUUUCUCUGUCCUUCGUUUUCCUUCCGUCUCGUGCUUCUGUCCCCUCCUCCAUCGUGCAACUCCGGUUCCUCUGCCACCAACGGAACAGAAGCAGCACGCCGGAUUCGUGCCACGGGGAAACAAGCAACCCGUCACUCGUACUCGAUUACAGGCCAUUACUCUCGUUUCAGGGCCACCACCGAGAUAUACCGACGUGACCGCCCGCCACCAUCGCUCGCCACCAGAGCCCAGACAGUCUCGGGCCAAAUCCCAUUUCCCUCGCUAUUCCUCCUCGAGACGAGACGAGACGAGACGAGACACGACUUAGGGAACCCUCUCUGUUCACCUAGUUCGUUGCGUCUUCCGCAACACGCGGUCGACCAUUUCAUACACAUACACAAGACACACACACACACACACAUGUCGAAAAUGGGGGCAACAAUAAUACCAGCACCCCACCGGUGCUUCAACAUGCGGAACCCUCUCGCCAAGGCCCUCGUCCUUUUCAUCUCAGUAUCCCUUUUCGGCACUCUACUCCUACAGCAGAGCGGAGACAUCGACGUCCGCGCAGCCUUCCUUAAGACGGCCAGCACUGCCAAGGACGCCGUAUCCUCCUCUCAACGACCACUCGGUGGCAACCACCCACAAUCAGGAUGGGGAGGAGACAGUGUCCAUACUCCGGUUGAGUUGACUGGGGCCUACCAGCCAGAUCAUCCCAAUGAGCUGGGCAACAUCACCGCCAACGGGAACAUGCACUGUGACUACGACAUGGACCGCUUGAGGGAAUGGAAGAAGAAAUACAAGCUUCAAGAUCGCUUCGAGUACACACGUCGCUACGUCCAAGUCUCGCGCCAGCCCAUCGCCCGCAAGUCUCUCACCAAGCUCGACCAGGACUUCCUUUCGGAUCACGUCAAGGUUGUCGACGUCAACAAGCACUAUCAGCCCGAGGCCUGCCCGGCUCCUCUCGUCGUGCCCGUCUCCCGCUCGCCCUACCCCUCGACCGCCAAUGCCUCCGACUUCAUGUUUGGCGUCUCCACCACCUACAAGCGCUUCGUCGACCCCAAGACCAACCCAACCAACGAGUGGAAGUACUGGCUUACCGACAACAACGGCUCAUCCAACGGCGGCAAACUCUUGCUGAUGCUCAUGGGUGCCUCUGACUCGGAAAUGGCCGACGUGCGCGAGCAGCUCACCUCUGUCGGAAUCGAUGUCGACGUCUACCGCUCUUCGCCCUCUGACGAAAUGGCCGUCCGCUAUCUGACUCUUGUCCCAACGCUGUACAACCACCCCCUCCGUUCCCAAAAGAAAUGGCUUGUGACGUGCGACGACGACACCUUCUUCCCCUCGUUGCACGCUCUGAUCGCCCAGUUCGAAACCUACGACCACACCAAGCCCAAGUACAUCGGCACCUUCUCCGAAGACUCUAACAACGUCAUGCGCCACGGAGAGCAAGCCUUUGGCGGCGCUGGCGUUUUCCUCUCGGUCCCACUUGCUGCCCUCGUCACUGAGAACUUUGCGCAGUGCAAGAGUCCGGAGAAGAUCAAGGAAGCCAACACGGGCUGGGGACCCCAGGGUGAUGUUUUGCUGAGGAAGUGCAUCUACGAACACUCGCCCGUCCGCCUCACUCUUUUGGACUCGCUCUGGCAGCUGGACAUGCUCGGUGAUCCGUCUGGCUUCUACGAGUCCGGCAUCCAACCCCUUUCUUUGCACCACUACCGCGGCGGAGGCUGGCACUCGGCUCUGCCCUUCCACUACACCAAGGUCUCGCACCUGUGUGGAGAGGAGUGCAUGAUGCAGCGCUUCAUGACGGCCGACGACUUUGUCAUCAGCAACGGCUUCUCGGUGGCGUAUUACCCUGAGGGCACCGACGAUUUGGAUUUCGACCAGCUGGAGGGCACUUUCCGCUCCGCGCCGGAUUAUAAGGGCUGGAACUUGGACUUCAAGUGGGGCCCGCAGCGCGCGGGUUUGGCCAAGACGGGGAGGAAGUUGAGCUGGGAUUUGCAAGAGGCCGAGAUCAUCUGGGAGGAUGACGAACAGAAGGCUGCAGAGGGGGGAAACAAGAGAGACCAGAGUGAGGAAGGGCAGGAUGAAUCUGCCCAGCAAGAGAAGAAGAAGAAGAAGGGAGAGAGGAGAAAGGUCAAGGAAGUCAGACAGAUUUAUGUCAGGAAGCAUGAUGAUUGGAGGUGGAAGCUGGCGGAUGGCGCGACGCCCAUGAGCCGGUUCGACGGCGUGGUGGAGCUUAUUUGGUUGCCUGAUACGAAGGAGUAAGCAUGUCGUGAGGAUAUCAAGAGGUGGCGGGAAAAAACGAUUAGCAAUAGUAUACCUUCUAAUGAUGAUGAUGCACGGGGAGCGAUAGAGACGGGAGAUGGGUUUGCACUGGGAUCAGGAUAGAUCAUUCCACAGGCAGAGGAAGGUACCUCUAUUUAAACUUUCCUGUUAAGAUUACAAUGUUUUAUUACUUUUAUUUGGACACAAUUUUCCAUCUUUUAUAACCACAAGUUACUGUCUGGACGUAUUGUCACAUUUUGGAUGUAUUCCGAACGUCAGCUUUCUACUUUGUACCCUCCUUUUAGUUGUGCAUGUCGAGUG